AUGUCCACCCUACGAGUUCCCGAGAGAGGGUUGUCUCUACAUAGAGACAGCCCCGGAGACGAUACCGGAGCCAAAUCUACACAGAUUAUGCGUCUGGACUUUGCUCAAAACACACUGGAUGAGUUGAUUGAGAGUCUCCGUGCCGACCAACCAGCCCGAAUCCGCCUCGGAAAGCACCAGACCCUCUACUACGGUUCGAACAAGUCACAGCAAUUCCACUCCUCCCCCGAGUCCCACCGAUCUGAGAUCUACACAAACAACUCCACCGAUGACGGAAAAUUAUACUUCACUGGCGUUUUGAGUCACAGCUUGGAGGUCCAAAAAGCCCAGGAGGCAACCGCGGCCACCGACCAAGCACUGGCCAAUCUCGAGCAGAGCUUGAGUGCCUUUGAAAGAGGAAAGGAAUCGAAGAAGACUCAUAUGAUAACUGAUAUCUCUGAAGUAAAGGCUCUCCGAGCGGGCGAUAGCCGCGCAAAGGCUGCUCUCCUUGCCCGUAUACCUUCAAGCAAGGUGGAGCUGGAGAAGGAUAGGCUACUGAAGACCAAGCCCAACUCCAAUCGCUCUGUAUCUUCAAGCCCUGCUUUAGGUGUCGCUCGGUCACCUGUCUCCAUGCUUCCUCUCACUCCAACCUCAGCGCCCCCUUCUCAGAACAAGGACCGCCUCCGCCUCGAAGCCCUCAAGAUCCCUUUCAUUCACCUCUUAGCAAUUCGCGCCGUCUCUACCAAGUUUCUCGCUCGCCAGACCCGUUCCUCCAUUGAAGAUUGCGCAGUGUUGGCUCAAAAGUACGGAGUCGAGAACCGAAUCAACCCGGAGAAGUUCGAUCUUCGAGACAAAGUCUACAGGGAGCUGGACGUGUGGAAAUUUCCUUACCCGUCUCAGGAAGACAGGCAGGAAGCAAUAGAAAAUGCCAUCUCGGCGUUUGACCGAAUGAGGAUUUCUCGCUCUGACAAGCUGUGGCAGAGCCUACUUCCCAAGGAAGAACGCGGGAAAGGCAAGUGCCUGUCGCGGCUGAACCUGCAAACAGGCCCAAUCAAAAAGCCCUUGACUCCCCGGAUACAGAUUUCAGACGAAACAGGCGAAAACGGGAACAUGACGAGCCAGGAAGCCGAGAAGUCCGCGGCAACCGCACCGAAGUCCGCUAUGAACACGCAGAAGAACGCCAAACGUCCGGCAGCGAAAGGUAAGACGGCUGUCAAUAGCACCUUGACCGGUCGUGUGACCAAAAAGUCGGACAAAAAGCCGCCGUCGAAAUCCGAGAACAAGUUCAAGUCCGCCGAAUAUGUGCAUGAUUCUGACGACGACGAGACUGACCUUCCGGACGUAUCUUCAUCCGAAAAAUCUCAACCGCUGCGGACGCAGCCCAAACCCAAACCCAAACCGACCCCGAAAGUUACUGAAUCCAAAGCUCCCAAAGAGCCUUCCCAUGUACCUACACCAAAAGUUGAUCAUAACGAUGCACCGGCGCCCAAGUCAGAUAUCUCUUCCAAUAGCAAACCUACCGCAGCGAAAAGACCACCGUCCUCCUUGCCAUCAAGCCAGAAGCCCACCCACAAAGCAACCACCCUCGCGUCUUCGCCCACCAAAACCUCAGACCCCCAAAGUCGCAGCCGGUCGUCCAGCCAAAACAAUACCUCGAGUUCAUCUUCGCCGCUGAUAAGUCAGAUUUCGAGACCGCGUAUAGCCGCAGAACGGCCUACCGCAAAACUACCAGCCAAGCCGAACGGAAUCGCAAGGGCACCGGAGACAACAAAUUCGCUAAAACGCAAGGCCGAGCUAGAACGGCCAUCGAUCCAGAACAGCCGUCUACAUGAUGACUUGGAUCACAAACGGCGACGGGCAGUGAGCGCUUCGAGUGGCAGCACCGGGAGCGCCUCUCCGCCUCUCAGUCGCGAGCUACAUAUGCGACAAUUGCGGGAGAAGUCACAGAAGUUUAAACAGUUUUAUGCCAAGUAUCGUUCAUUACAUGAUGCAAUGGCAGCUCAUCCUGAUCCACCACGGGCGGAAUUGGAGAAGCUACAGAAACAGCAUGUUCGACUGCAACGAAUGAAGAAAGAGAUUUGGGACGAAGAUCGGCGGCUCCGAGAUGGUCUUUAA